AUAGGCAAGUUUUGGAGGAUCGGAGGUGCAGUGGAAGACCAGCAGUGCAUCAGCGACGUGGAUGCCAGGUCGCCGAAGAUCAGCUCGCCUCCGCUUUCAGCCGGGUCAAGCACGAGCCCAGGUCGAAGCAUCAGCCCUAGAAAUUCUAGUCCCUCUGGCUUCCUUUCGGCCAGGAUCCACGCUGUGCCUUCAGCCACCACAACGAUUUUCCCGAGCCGAAACGGAAGAGGAACCCCGGUGGACAAUGGGUCGCCGCCGCCGAGCUCACCAGACAUCAACGGGAACGGGCCGAUCGGCGCCGAAUACAUGGAGAGUCUGAAGCGCCGAAAGGUGCACCGCUGCGAUUUCUCGGGCUGUGAUAAAGUGUACACCAAAAGUUCGCAUCUCAAAGCUCACAAACGAACUCACACCGGCGAGAAACCGUACGAGUGCACUUGGGAAGGUUGCACAUGGAAAUUCGCCAGAUCCGACGAACUCACUCGUCACUUCCGGAAACAUACGGGCCAAAAACCGUUCCAGUGCCACUUGUGCCAGCGGUCAUUCUCCCGAUCCGACCAUUUGUCGCUCCAUAUGCGUCGACACUGACGCAUGAACAAUGUCCCUUUCUCUUCACCUGCGCAAAAAAUUGAGAAGUUGUUUCGAAACCAGACAUAGAGAACAAUUUGUUUUGCGCACUUCAGUGAUCAAGUCGUUUUUUUUUCGGAAUAGCACUUGUCGACCCCGUAUUUAAAAGCUGAUAAAAGUUGAAGAAAAUGGAUUUAAUUUUGAUUUUUGUUUUCUUCAAAAUAUGAACGUACUAAAUCAAAAAAUUGCCUCCCCUAAAAGAGUGUCUAGCGUUGGAGUUUAGUUGCCAGACGAGUGAGUCAGUUCGAAUACAAUACGAAAAAGGAAAAACCAAGCGCAAAUAUCAAAUCGUGAUCGCAUCUGAAAAAGUUACUCGAUUCAGCGAAUGUUUGCGAGGGAAAUUCCCUUUUUUUCGGUUUUGGGAAACGAAACGAAGUGCUUGAUAAAUGUUUUUUUUUUGAGCGUCGACAAAAUUUGAAUGAAGAAAAAUGUGAAAUGUUUUGUUGUUGUUUGAGGCUGGAGGAAAAACACCUUUCCAUACCUGUGAUUCGGCGCUAUCCAUACGAAUGAAUGUCCGUCCAUAAAUAUUCCGCGGCAACGAAAUCCUGAAAUUUUGCGUCGCAGAGCGAAAAAAAUUAUCAUUUCGAAAAAUCUAUUUUCUUUGUGGCGAAUGCGAAGAAAGAACCUCGUGACGGGUUCGGUUCAACUUACAUGUGAUCGGCCAGUACUCGUUUGGUGUGUGGUCGUUCUCGCGAGUUAUUUUUUCCUGUCGUGCAAAACUUCAUUUUUUUGACACCUUUCUUUUUCGUCGAGAACCAGAAAAAAAUGUUUGCCCUGUUGAUGGAGAAGCGAAAUCGAUAUUACCAAAACGCGUCAUUCCGUCCAGAAAAUUGGUUUUAAAGGAAAAAAAAUGGAGGGACCAGCGCUCAAAUAUACCCUUUUAUGGAAAACAAG